AUGAGAUCCAAUAAUCCUCUGUCUCCUCAUUCAUGUUUCCAGCGGCUGGUUGACUGACACUGUUCCUCAGCACAGCACCGCAGCAGCAUGAAGUCUGCGGCCGAGAGCUCUGCUGCGCCCAGAGAGGAGACUGACAGUCGGCUACUUCCCCCAGGAUGGAGGAGCUACACGUCACCUGAGGGACUGAGGUAUUACGUCAACAGCUGCAGUAAAGAAACAACGUGGCGACGUCCCUCCUCGUCGGCUGAGGCCCCGCAGAGACCGCUGGCACGACAAAACUCCUCACCAUAUGCCAACGGAUGUUACAGCAGUACGAAGACCAGUCGGCCCACGGACACCACCAGUGUUGCUCUGAGGAAACCGAAACAGCCCCCUGGCUCCGUCUCACCGGCCAAGAGGCAGAUCAAGGAGGUCAAGGAGACCAAGAUCACUAUCAACUGUGUGACCUUCCCGCUGCCUGGAGAAGGUCCGGAGCAGCAGCUCCUCAAACCCGACGAAUGGAGCUACUGCGAUUACUUCUGGACCGACAAGAAAGACCCCCAGGGGACGACCUCGGUGGCGGGCUUCGAGGUUCUUCUGCAGAAGCAGCUGAAGGGCAAGCAGAUGCAGAAAGAGAUGGCAGAGUUCAUCCACGAGAGGAUAAAGAUUGAAGAGGAAUAUGCCAAGAACCUCUCCAAGCUGUCUCUGAGCCCCCUGGCAGCACAGGAGGAAGGGACUCUCGGAGAAGCCUGGACUCAGCUGAAGAAGAGUCUCCACGAUGAGGCCGAGGUUCACCUAAAGUUCUCCAACAAGCUCCACUCUGAGGUAGAGAAACCUUUGCUGACGUUCAGAGGCGACAACUUCAAGAAGGACCUGAAAAAGUACGACCAUCACAUCGCCGACCUCAGGAAGCAGCUGGCGAGUCGCUACGCGAGCGUGGAGAAGGCCCGUAAAGCCCUGGCAGACAGGCAGAAGGAUCUGGAGGUGAAGACCCAGCAGCUGGAGAUCAAACUGAGCAACAAGACGGAGGAGGACAUAAAGAAGGCCCGGCGGAAAUCCACACAAGCAGGCGACGACCUGAUGCGCUGCGUGGAUCUGUACAACCAAACCCAGUCGAAGUGGUUUGAAGAAAUGGUCACCACCAGCAUGGAGCUGGAGAAACUGGAGGUCGAACGGAUCGAGUGGAUUCAGCAGCAUUUGCGCCAGUACACGACUCUGCGACAUGAAACAGACAUGUUCAACCAGAGUACGGUGGAGCCGGUCGACCAGCUGCUGCAGAACGUUGAUCCAGCCAAAGACAGAGAGCUGUGGGUGAAGGAGAACAAAACCGGUGAGGUUCGACCUGUGGAUAUGGACAUAUAAACCAUCCUGACCUGAGAUCAGCUGUUCUGUCUUCAGUAUUAUAACACAGUCCCAGAACACUUCUAAUAACACUGAUCCAGGGACAGUGCAUGUUCAGACUACAGAGGUCUGCUCAUCCUCUCUCUGACUGGUGUAACAGGAGGAAAGGUUCAUACUUAACGCAGUCUGAGGCCAGGGAACGGUAACGGAUCAAAGUACCAGCAUGUUCCUUCUAAAUUUUAACCCUAUCAUAAUCAACAUUAGCUUAUUGAAUGCCAUUUAACAUACUCUGCUGUUUACCUGUUGUAAAGUUGAGACUAUUAAAAAAAUAAAUGUAUUUUGAAUCGUUUAGUUUAGCUUCAAUCGACACUUUUCCAGUUUGAGUAAACCAAACAAAAAAAAAAAAGUCUGAUUAAUGAUAUUUCCCUUUAUUUUAGAUACAGAUAUUGAAGCAUAUCGAGAUCUUAGAAUGAAUAUGAUAUAUUUUCAUAUUUUGCUGGUUCGUUUUGGUGGAAAUGCAUGUUUUGAAUAUCUUGCUUUUACUGUAUAUGGAGAGCAGCACAAUUUGUGGAACCAUGAUGGUUGUUUUGGUAUAGUCAUUGAAUUUACAAGGUAUUCUGUAUCUCACAAGUGAUAGAAUCAAUUUAGGAGCUUUCUCCGAAAAAAAAAAAAUUAGACUCCAAGUGUACAGCGUUAAUAUCCAGUAACCUCAACUGUUGGCUAAAAACACACACACAUACACAGUGUUUAUGGAAUGUGAAAUUGAUUAUGCUCGCCACAAGUCCCAACGUGUGGUCGAUCGGAUUUAGGCCAGGGUCUAUUUUGGAUCAGUCCGGAGGAAAAAGGUGGUCCAAGUUACACUGAAACACCUUUUAGUGCCUAACGGUUAUAAACCUGGAAUGUCCUUGAUAUAUUCUACUCUGCAUCAGUGUACAUUUGUACAUACAGGCUAGAUGUAUUUUGCUGUCAAAUGUUUAAAAGGCCCCACAUCUUCGGGCCGAUGAGGUGUUUGUACUGUACUGUACUUGUUUGUUUUAUUUUUGGUAAAUGUACAGAGAAUAUCUUUAUGAUGGUGUUCGAUAAAAGGUGGCGACGUGCAGCAGAAACAGCGAAAUUCACCAAAUUACAGAAAAGAUGAAGUAAAUUUUUGAUAUGAAUCAGUCCAGUGGAGCAAAAGCCAGCUGACCCAUCCCCGUUGCAUAAAUGCGGAUGAAACGCAUUUUAUCAAAAACUGCAUGUACAGUACGUGUCUGUGUUUACGUGUGUGUGUGUGUAUGUGUGUCUUUCUGUCUGUCUUUGUCUUUACAUUUUGUUGUGGUCUAUCUGCUUUGGAUUUAUUUGGAUUAUUACCUUCCUGCGGCCAUUCAUUUCAAUUUCUUUAGGAGGAUGAAGCCGAUCAAGUAACAAACAUUUGAGCUGUAAUCUUCAUCCAGCUGCAGGCACAAGAAAAAAAUUGCUGUGGAAAAAAAUAAAUAAUUGCUUACCUGCCCUAUCACCAACACACUGAUCAUUUGUUUAGUUGUAAAACAAAGAAGAGUCACCUUUAUUUGAAUCUUGGUGGAUUCAUUACGUUCAGACCUUUCUUUGAACUCAAACAGCUUCGUGCUCAGGUUUAAAAUAGCAUAUCUGUUGUAGAGGUUUUAUCAGUGUGUGUCAAUGUUGUGUGGUAAACGUAAAGGUUAUUAUGUUCCAACUAAAUGUUCUUGAUGAGAAUCGACAGUUUCAUGAUGACGUAACGGUUGAGUUAACUGCCCUUCUGUGGUGAACAUUUUCAUAACAUGCAUUAAAUCCGAUGUUCCCGAUGUUUUAAGAAUGUUUGAUCAUAGGUGACCUCUGUCCCAACGGUGUACUGUGGAAUGCAGUGUCCAAAUUAA